CGUAUAAAUAAGUUUAUUCAGCAUAAUAAUCAAUUGAGAACGAAAUUUUGUAUACAAACCAAACAAAGGAGUUAAACCUAAUAAUAUAAUUUUACUUAAAUGGGAAAUUGAAACAAAAAAUGGAUGAGGUGUUUCCAAGUAGGCCAAAUGCGCAGUUGGAUAAAGCCGAUAGCCUUAUUAAAACUUACGUACAAUUGCUGGAAAGAAAACUAAAAAAUAGUAUUUUAUGGGAGAAUUUCAGUAAUGAAAACGAAACCAAAUGUCUUGAUUUACAAGAAGAAUUAUUUUCAUUGAAAUUACAACUGCAGGAAAAUAAACAACAUGAUGAUCUUCACAAAAAACAAAUGGAAAAAGUGCAUGACGAAAAUCUUAAACUAAAGUCUGAAAAUGAACAACUGAAAUUGGACAUAAUUAAACUGCAGCAGGAAAUUGGAAAACUUCAAAAUAAUAAUUGCAAUCAAAACAAUAGAACUGAAAGAACAAUUUCAAUCGACAAUACUGAGAAUUCAGAUGCCAAUAGUGUCUUAGUUAAAGGUUUCACUGAACUGCAAUUGAGUACAAUACCCAAAAUAAAUAUUAUUAAUCUGGGACAUCAUAUGAAAAUACAAAUAUCCGACAAGGAUAUUAUUAAAGUAAAGAACAAGGAAAGCAAAUAUAAUGAACGACUCAAGCUUAAGCCCGACAAAAUUCAAUUGAUUGUAGAAUUUCGAACUUCAGAACUGAAAGUAGAAUUUCUUAAAAAUAAGGAUAAAUUGAAACAGCUGUCAGAUUUGGCCGAUAUUGAAAUAAUUGAUUAUGUCAGCGAUGAAGUGUUUAAUUUGUAUCAAUAUGCGAAGAUUUUAAAAGAUCACGGCUUUGCCUCAAUCUAUUGGAGAAACAAUUGUGUGUAUGCUAAGAAAACCCGAUCUAGUUUAUGUGAUCCAAUAUUAAUUAAGUCAAAAAACGAUGUAGACAAUUUGAAAGAUGUCAAGGAAUAACUCUCUAUUAUAAUUUAGAAUUGUAUUUAGAACGGAAAGAUUUAUUUUUGAACACAAAUACAAAUAUAUAUUUUUUUUACAUAUGUACAUUGCUCAUAUGUUUAUAAAAAUA